UAGAUGAUGCGGGGCGGGGGGCGGCAGAGGCAGCAGUCACCCCAGGUAGCAGCCCCCAGCUCCUCCCCCACCUCCCCCGAUCCGACCCCCAGCGCCGGGGGCCAUAAGGGGCUCCAUGGCUCAGACCCAAUGCUGUGUGGUGUACGUUGACCACGACGGAGAAGAGGACGACGAGGCCGGGAAGCAGAGGCGGCCCUGGAUUCCGAGGACGCCGAGAAAGAGGAGGGGAGGGCGAGGAAGAGGGCGACUCAGCCAGUGACUGCACGGAAAGCAGCUUCAGGAGGCACAGCGCCUACAGCACUGUUCUGGGUGAUUCCCCAUCUGUUGGAGUUACUCCUUGCCACCUGUGUUUUCCCCAGUGAGACCCCAGGCAUCAUGGAGCAGAGACAAGCCAUCCCUACUGUGCCCUGUAUGGAUUUCUGUCUCAUAGAAUUUGUGUUCCACAUCACAGGAUCAGAGGAGCCCCACGGAGGAAGUUAGGGUUAUGAAGGACAGGCUGAAGCAAGACACCUGCAGGAAGCUUAUGUAAAUCUAAAAGAGUGAUGACUGAGCUUGUGGCUGAGCCGUGAACUCCUCAAGCAUAGAAACGGGUCUUCUGCAUCAGGGUCCCCAGUGCCUGGCUCUGCAAUCUCAAGCAGAGAGCAUCAUCUUUAAGCAACCAGAGUCUUUCCCAGCCAAGAGGUCACCUGAGAUGUGCAGGUGAGACCCCAGGCAUCAUGGAGCAGAGACAAGCCAUCCCUACUGUGCCCUGUAUGGAUUUCUGUCUCAUAGAAUUUGUGUUCCACAUCACAGGAUCAGAGGAGCCCCACACAGGAAGUUAGAGUUAUGAAGUACAGGCUGAAGCAAGACACUUGCACAAAGCUUAUGUAAAUCUAAAAGAGUGAUGACUGAGCUUGUGGCUGAGCCGUGAACUCCUCAAGCAUAGAAAUGGGUCUUCUGCAUCGGGGUCCCCAGCGCCUGGCUCUGCAAUCUCAAGCAUUGAGCAUCAUCUUUAAGCAACCAGAGUCUUUCCCAGCCAAGAGGUCACUUGAGAUGUGCAGCACUGUUUUAGGUGAUUCCCCAUUCAUUGGAGUCACUCCUUGCCACCUGUGUUUUCCCCGGUGAGACCCCAGGCAUCAUGGAGCAGAGACAAGCCAUCCCUACUGUGCCCUGUAUGGAUUUCUGACUCAUAGAAUUUGUGUUCCACAUCACAGGAUCAGAGGAGCCCCACACAGGAAGUUAGAGUUAUGAAGGACAGGCUGAAGCAAGACACUUGCACGAAGCUUCUGUAAAUCUAUAAGAGUGAUGACUGAGCAUGUGGAUGAGACUGUGGGCUACUGUGUGUGCAGGAGGGGGAGAGUGGCAGUCAGUGGCCUUUGUCUCCUUGGCUACAAGAACAUCCGAUGUGCGGAUGCAGGAGACACACAUGGACAAGAGGAUGGACGAAGCUGAUGUGUACCAUUGCUUAGGUCUUACAAAGUUACUGAGAACAGUGGUGUCAUCCUGAGUGCAGGAGUCUGGGAGUUGGCAUGGCCGAGGAGCGUUUGGUGAGACCCCAGGCAUCAUGGAGCAGAGACAAGCCAUCCCUACUGUGCCCUGUAUGGAUUUCUGUCUCAUAGAAUUUGUGUUCCACAUCACAGGAUCAGAGGAGCCCCACACAGGAAGUUAGGGUUAUGAAGUACAGGCUGAAGCAAGACACUUUCACGAAGCUUAUGUAAAUCUAAAAGAGUGAUGACUGAACAUGUGGAUGAGAAACUUGCAAGGAAAUGCUAUUUCUUACGUUGGUAAAGAUACGUGGAAGUCAUACCAUUUGGUUGAGAAACUAAAUCUCAGUGGAAAUAAUUUGAGAGAAUUACAUAAGGAUUCAUUUGAAGGCCUGUUUUCCCUCCAGUAUUUAGACUUAUCCUGCAAUAACAUAGAAUUUAUUGAAAGGAAUGCGUUUGAAUCACUACCUUUUUUACAAUAUAUAAAUCUUGGUUGCAAUUCAAUCACAAAAGUGAACUUUGGAACAUUUCAAGCCUCACAUGGAAUGCAGUUUUUACACAAGUUAAUCCUCAAUCGUAAUCCUCUGACAACCGUUCAAGAUCCAUAUCUUUUUAAUUUGCCAGCAUUGAAAUAUUUAGACAUGGGAGCAACCCAAGUGUCAUUUACAACAGUUGAUAACAUCCUCAAGAUGACCCUUACACUGGAAAAACUGAUCUUACCUAGCCGUUUGGCCUGCUGCCUCUGCCACUUUAAAAAUAGUAUUGAGGCUGUUGCCAAGUCAAUCAGACUGCAUUGUGACAAUGAGUGUCUGGUAAAAACACAUUGUGAUGAACAAGUACUUACAGAACGACCAUUCAUGAAAAUAUUAGAAGACCGGAAAAAGUACAACAGCAGUGAGCUGACAAUUGAGUCAGAGAGGACAGCCCCAAAGAAAAAUAGCGAGACUUUGUCAGCCUUCAUGAACCUCCUGAUGAAAUUGCUUGAAGAGCAGCAGGAAGUAAAGGUUUCCAAGGAAGAGUUGGAUACAGAACAAUGGAAAAAUGAGAGGAUGGAAGCCCCGGGGGAACAGGAAGAGGAGGAAUCAAAUGAGUUCAGAAAUGAAGUGCCAGGAUAUAAGAACUACAACAAAGUCAUCAUAGCAUCACCUGUGAUUGCAGUAGUAGCUUUUUAUUUUGUAGUUUUCUGUCUCAUUGCGAUUUGUCACAGUAAGGAGGCUUCAAGAGAAAGCUCAAGGGGCUCUCUUUCAAGUGGCCAGCAGAAAAAAUCAGCAGAAGACCAGCUGGAGGAGGGCGGUUUCUGCAGAAGACUGUUUCUUUGGCUGAAGAAUCUGUUUGCAUCUUUCCUGGCCAUAUUUAAGAAAAAUGAGCAGAAGCCUCAGGAUACAGCUGAGAAUGUAGCUUUCCUAAAAAAGGAACAGAGUGAAGAAGACGCAGGAGAGAGGAUAAAUACAUCAGAAUAUCCUGCUGAAGAGGCAGCAGAGGAAAGUGAAGAAUAAAACCUCCACUGAUUGAACUACA